AGGAUUUCACCCCAGUUCCAUAUAAGGCUCCAUCACCUCCAAAACCAGAAAAAACGUUUCCUCCUUAUACUGGAUUUGGUUCCGAAGAAGAUUCUCUGUGCUCCUGUAUGGGUCUGCUUCCCAAGCCUCCCCAGAAAGAUUUCAAGAAAUUCAUGGAAAAAGACAGAAGUGGCAAGGAAAGUAACAUACUGCGCUUUCUUGCCAAACUUGUCACAGAUAGUCCUAUUGACAAGGAUCGGAAAUUCAUUAUUUCCUACUUCCUCAGUGAUGACACCAUUUCAGUUUUUGAACAUAUACAGCGAAACACAGGGAUACUUGGUGGGAAGUUCUUGGAAAGAGGUCGCAUUAAGAAGCCUGGGCAGGAGCUCUUUAAGAGUAAGCCAUCUGAAUACUUCAAGGCUCAGGAUCUGUUUGUUGGAGCCAGAGUUUGUUUCCAUGGUCACAACUUUCUUGUGGUGGAUGCUGAUGAGUACACAUUCAACUACAUGGAGAAGCAUGCAAAUGAGUUCUCCGUGGCUGAUAUUGGUGUCAUCCUCACAAAACUGAAAGACAUAGCCGAACCUCGUUCCCGAGAAAUCAGACAGGUGUUUGCUGCCACUGACCCUGAGUAUACGAAGGUGAUUGAGUAUGACCCUUUCAGAAAUUUGAUAGUCAGUAUCACUGAUGGAGCAUUUUCAGAACAUGAAAUUCUGACUGUCGGGCGCUACUACGGUGUCAGAGAUGAAUAUAAAAUGGACCUCCACUUCCUCCUUGCAGUGGCUCAUGAACAACUAAAGAAAAAUAGCUUUGAGAAUUUUGAACAACUGUCUGCGGUCCUUAUGUACAACGACCGUGAAAAAUGUGGAGUGCUGCCCCAUGACAUGUGCAGGACUAUUUGCAAGUCCUUUAAGUUGCCACUGGCUGAUGAUGAUCUGCAAGCUUUACUGACCAUGUUUGAAGAUGACCAUAAGCAAGUGGACUAUAAAAAGUUUGUGAAUGGGCUGAACUGGAGAGAGAAUCGAAUCCCUGCAUUCCAGACAAUAAAAGUUCCUCUCAAGAAUGAAGAUGACCGAGGCAGACAACCACCAUCCCUUCCUGUGAAAGGGAUCAAAUACUUACCUUUUCUGGAUGAUCUGUUUGGCAAGGAAGAAUAA